CGGUUACCGGUCGUUCGUUCGACUGUCCAUCGUUCAGUCACUGGGCUGUCAGCCGAGAAUCACCGCCGACAGGACGGCCUGUAUUCGUUUCCCGCACGAUUUCCAUCCCGCGAACUCGGGGCUUUCCCGAUGGAUGAUAAUGUUUGACCCGAUCGAGAGGUCCUUUCGCGCGUGACGGAAGUGCGUGGCCAAUCGGAAGGACCGAUCGUCGUCGCCUAGCGCGCAGAGGCCGAAGCAGAAGAGACCGCGCGUUCGAUCUCGUGCACAGGGUAAUUUUUCACUCGCGGAGAUAGCGGAGAGAGAGAGAAUGAAUUUUGCGACACGGAACACGGCGGUAUUAUCGAUGACGUAGACAAAUUCAUCCGACCCAUCGAAUCAGAUUAGAGCUGCUUUAAAAUUCAACGAUCUAUAAGCUACGAAGGCAAAAGACGAAGUUUUGAUGCAUUUUUCGAAACUUUACCCUUCCUGUUUCUGAUAUAUUUUGCAAAUUUCAAAUAAGAUUGAUUUUCAAUUUACCGACAGUGAAAAAUUAUCGUUGUUUAAGGAAGGUUUUUAUACGAAGGCAUUGCUGUGCGUGAAUUCAUCGCAAAUAUCAUAGAGACUCCGUGGAAAGUCUCAUAUUAAUCGUUAUGCUCGAAGGAAUUAGAAAUUGUCUGAUUGGAACACGAAUCCAUAACAAUUGCUGACAUCAGACGAUCGCAGUCGUGUCUUAAGAUAAUUUUGAUCGAAACUUCUUCGCUUCAGUCAUGUUGAGAGGAAUUGUUCUACUACUUCUCUACGUCUUCUGUGAUAUUGCAUUGGCAGCGCAUUGCGGAAAAGUAUGGCUCACGGUUUCCUCUUUAUGGAGACCAAUCCUUGGCAGCGACAAAAUGGUCGAUGCCGAAUUGGAAGUAAAUUGGGAACUAGAUUGUCCGAAGGAAAUAGGAUACCCAGAUACCAUCAAGACAAAACGCUGAAGCCUAAAUUGAUCUUGACUUCUUUACAACAUCCCCGUGGAUAUUAUAGGACAAAUAUCACAGUCGGUCGUCCGCCGCUACCGGGAGGAUGGGACACGAAGGACGGAGCAACCCUUUCGGGACCUCAUUGCCUCAAACAUCACGCAGCACUUUACAAAGACGAUAUUAUGUAUGCCAGUUCUUGUUUGAAAAUCUGGCCGUCGUGGAUGUACGAUUUUAGAAAUAUUUUGUUAUCUUGCCCAAGGAGACAACUCGGCAGGCUUCCUAUUGGGAGUCUGAUGAUACCCGGGACGCAUAAUUCCGGCUGUUACAAGCACGGCGACCUAACGCGAAGGGACGCCUUUCAGCGGUACUUGCUGACGCAAGAUCGCGACGUAUGGACGCAGUUGGUGCACGGCAUAAGAUAUCUGGAUAUCAGAGUUGGAUAUUACCCGUCGAUACCGAAUGGCACCGCUCUCGACGAGGAGGGCGACCAAGUAAGUAGAUUCUGGGUCAACCACGACGUCAUUCGCAUCACACCUCUUUUGGAGAUCAUAAAGGACGUGAGGAACUUCCUGGACGUGACGAGGGGCGAGAUCGUCGUUAUGGAUUUUCACAGGUUUCCCGUGGGCUUGGAAGGUAAACCAAACAGACAUAGGAAACUGGCAGCUAUUUUACAUCGAGAGUUCGAAAAUUGGAUUCUGAAACCAGAUAUAGGAAUCGAUGGUCUGGGACCGACGUUGAAUGACAUUUGGUCUGCCGGAAAGAGAUUAAUUAUUUGUUACGGCGACAAGCAUACAGUAAAUGAAUACGACUGGCUGUGGUCACCCUUGACGCAAGUAUGGGGCAAUCAACAAACCGUGGAGGGUCUAUUCAAGUACCUGGACGAAGUGAUUCUCGAGCCCAAAGCACCCAGGAAUAAUCAAAAUCCCCUGUGGGCGGUAAUGGCAGAACUGACGCCGUUUCCGCUGGAUAUUUUCUUUAAUCUGUCCGGCGGACUUCGGCAAAUGGCCGAUUCCGUUAAUCGAAACCUCACUGUUAAGUUUCAAACGAAGUGGUGGAAGGAAACGAACAUCGUCGCUACGGACUUCUUCCUUGGCAACAACUUGAUCGAUGUCUCGAUACAAUCGAACAUAAAGAAAAGCAACGUUGCGCAAUGGCGUUUGUAGUUCAAAGAGAGCGAAAAAAAUUUGUUUCGGGGUAAAACAAUCGCUUCUAUCAAACCUUCAUAAAUUACAUCGAAACAAAUACGAUGCGUAUCAAAAUCUAUUGAUACGAAUUUAUACGGUCACUGGUGAUUUGUAGGCAAUUUAUGAGAGAAAGAAAGAGAGACGCAGGGUAUUGAAUUCAGUCGUCUAUUAUGAUACUAUGUUGCGAAAAAAUGUUAGUAAACAAUAACACUACUUGUUAGCUAGCGGAGAGUAUCAAUGCGAGCUUCGGCACGUUUACGAAUAUUUGUACUUUACAACGCAAGCUCUAUCGAUUUAGCGAAUAAAAAUGUCUUUCAAGUCUUUCGUGUCCGCAGAAUUCACUCGAAUACGUUCUGCGUAAAUAUACGAAAAAAAAAAAUAGCUCUCACAGCUAAGAAUUAGUUGUCCAUAUAAUAUAAUACAACUGAAAUUUAGUUAAUUUAGCUAAUUUCUUUGUCCUUGUACUUAGUAUUUAGCUUCCACAGUUAAAAACUAGGUCUGGCAACUAAAUUUUCGUUUAGUAUUAUACGGACAGCUAAUCUUCUUUUUCCGUGCACAUAUGGACGUAUAAAUUAGCGAACGAUGCAUUUCGCUGAGUAGUAUUAAUAUAUAACGGCAGUUAUUUCCAUGUAAUGGAAAACUCGCACCACUUCGGAUUUGUUUUAAACUUCUCAUUCUCGCACGAGUUAUAUUCGUCUCGAUAAGAGUAUUUUAAACCCUCCAACUCUCAUUUCCCACCAAAAGCUAUCGUCCUGCGCUUUCAACGUUGCAUUAUUCAAUGCGCAGUGUAUAAGCCGCGACGAUUUUUACUACAGAAACAACUAGAUAUCUACAACUAGAGACGGGAAGCAAGGUGUUUUUGUCAUUAAAAAAAAUAUGAAUAUCAAUGUAUUUUUAUAGCUGCACGAGUGAAAUAAAAAAUCUGAAUUUUAAAUCGGCA